CCACUCCACGAGUCCCGCCCCUCUCUCGGGCGUCGGGCGGGGCCAUCCCGGGGCUGUCCGCGGAGACGCCUAUGCGGUGGAGGCUCCGGGCUUCAGCUAGGGCAGGGGAGCCCAGCAGAAGGACCGAGCAGCCUGGCACCCCCACUUUGCCAUCCUCUCCCUGGAAAUCUCGGGGUCGGCGGGCCGGCCGCUUCGCGUGGGCGAAAUCAGAGACACGUGGUUUCCAAGGCCCCUUCGGGUUCGGGAAAAUUUUAUGGUUCGGAUCACGGUAGGAAGCGGACAAUCAGGCGGGAGGGCAGAGAGAACCGCAACACCGCCGCGCACGUGGUGCCGGGUCGGGUCCUUUCCGGGGCUUUCAGUGGCCGGAAGUCGCGGCCCCUGUACUGACUCUAGGAAGGGCUGGAUUUGUUUUGAAUGGGCGCUUGCAAAAGAAGUGGGCAAGUACGUGUUACAGACGGCCAAGCCGGCCUUUAGGCGGUCAAGGUGGGGCGAGCAGACGGUCGCUCCCCUGCAGUCGGCCGGGUCACUACCCAGGAGCCUUUGGAGGCGGAAGCAUGGAACGGUCUGCAAACGUUCCCGAGCGGGCCUCUGCGGCUCUGGCGAGCGUUUCGAACCUGGGCGCCGGGCACACGCCCAGUCCCGAGAGCGCUGAGGGUUCCCUUAGCGUCGCCGUCACCCCGGCCAACCCGCGGGGCGCCAGAGUCCUGGCCCUUUAAACGCCGCGCGUGCCUCGGCGUCUUCGUUUCGCGCGCCCGCCCGCGGCGCCGGCGGAGCGAACAUGGACCCGGCUGCGCGGGUGGUGCGGGCGCUGUGGCCUGGUGGGUGCGCCUUGGCCUGGAGGCUGGGAGGCCGCCCCCAGCCGCUGCUACCCACGCAGAGCCGGGCUGGCUUCGCGGGGGCGGCGGGCGGCCGGAGCCCCGUGGCUGCAGCUCGUAAGGGGAGCCCGCGGCUGCUGGGAGCAGCGGCGCUGGCCCUGGGGGGAGCCCUGGGGCUGUACCACACGGCGCGGUGGCACCUGCGCGCCCAGGACCUCCACGCAGAGCGCUCAGCCGCGCAGCUCUCCCUGUCCAGCCGCCUGCAGCUGACCCUGUACCAGUACAAGACGUGUCCCUUCUGCAGCAAGGUCCGAGCCUUCCUCGACUUCCACGCCCUGCCCUACCAGGUGGUGGAGGUGAACCCUGUGCGCAGGGCUGAGAUCAAGUUCUCCUCCUACAGAAAGGUGCCCAUCCUGGUGGCCCAGGAAGGAGAAAGCUCGCAACAACUAAAUGACUCCUCUGUCAUCAUCAGCGCCCUCAAGACCUACCUGGUGUCGGGGCAGCCCCUGGAAGAGAUCAUCACCUACUACCCAGCCAUGAAGGCUGUGAACGACCAGGGCAAGGAGGUGACCGAGUUCGGCAAUAAGUACUGGCUCAUGCUCAACGAGAAGGAGGCCCAGCAAGUGUAUGGCGGGAAGGAGGCCAGGACGGAGGAGAUGAAGUGGCGGCAGUGGGCGGACGACUGGCUGGUGCACCUGAUCUCCCCCAAUGUGUAUCGCACACCCACCGAGGCUCUCGCGUCCUUUGACUACAUUGUCCGCGAGGGCAAGUUCGGAGCCGUGGAGGGUGCCGUGGCCAAGUACAUGGGUGCAGCGGCCAUGUACCUCAUCAGCAAGCGACUCAAGAGCAGGCACCGCCUCCAGGACAACGUGCGCGAGGACCUCUAUGAGGCUGCCGACAAGUGGGUGGCUGCUGUGGGCAAGGACCGGCCCUUCAUGGGGGGCCAGAAGCCGAAUCUCGCUGAUUUGGCGGUGUAUGGCGUGCUGCGUGUGAUGGAGGGGCUGGAUGCAUUCGAUGACCUGAUGCAGCACACGCACAUCCAGCCCUGGUACCUGCGGGUGGAGAGGGCCAUCACCGAGGCCUCCCCAGCGCACUGAAUGUCCCCGCGCAGAGCAGAGGGAAGGCAGCGGAAGACGCCAGCUGCCAGGGCCUGGGGCCACUGGGCCAGCGCCUGGCGAUACUGGUUGGGGGCAGGAUCAUUCUGCCCCUUGUCCACGCACCCCCACCAGCCCUCUCGCUUCUAACACAGGGCACCUGCUGGGGCUCAGGGAUGUCAGGGACGAGUUCCAGCCCUGCCACUGCCCUGGGGCGACCGCUCCCUGUCCCUGCCUCCCUGCUCUGCCGCCCCUCUCCCUGGACCCUCAGUGGCUGUCCCAUGGCUACAUCCUGUGGGUGGGGGCCCUCGACGGGACAGCAGGACGGUUUGUUUUCAGUGGAAUCCCAUCCCUGGGUUCCCCUGGUUCCCACUCUUCCCAAGCCUCCCGGGACUGGGACAUGUUUGCAAUAAAGGAAAGGUGUGUGGCGCCUGUCAUGGCAGACAUCUCAUGGA